AAUACCCAAAUGUCAAAGGAAAAAACCUAGGGUUUUUGUCUCUGCGAUUGGAGUAGCUGCUUCUACCUCGCACCCUCUGUGCCGCACCCACCAACACCACCAACCAUGGCUGACAUCGUUCAAGAAGCUCCUGCCAUCGUUCCAGAUCCCACCCAAAUCGACGUCAAGCUCUUCAACCGUUGGAGCUUCGACGAUGUUCAGGUUAAUGAUAUUUCUCUGGCUGAUUAUAUUGGAGUGGUGGCGUCCAAGCAUGCUACGUAUGUUCCUCACACUGCUGGAAGGUACUCAGUGAAGCGGUUCAGGAAAGCUCAGUGCCCCAUUGUUGAGAGGCUUACAAACUCUCUCAUGAUGCACGGAAGGAACAACGGAAAGAAGCUCAUGGCUGUCAGGAUUAUCAAGCAUGCCAUGGAGAUCAUUCAUUUGCUCACUGACCAGAACCCAAUUCAGGUCAUCGUUGAUGCCGUCAUCAAUAGUGGUCCCCGUGAAGAUGCAACUAGAAUUGGUUCUGCUGGAGUUGUGAGGAGACAGGCUGUGGAUAUCUCACCCCUCCGACGUGUUAAUCAGGCUAUCUAUCUUCUAACAACCGGUGCUCGUGAAGCUGCUUUCAGGAAUAUCAAGACCAUUGCUGAAUGCUUGGCUGAUGAGCUUAUUAAUGCAGCAAAGGGUUCAUCCAACAGUUAUGCCAUCAAGAAAAAGGAUGAGAUUGAAAGAGUUGCCAAGGCUAAUCGUUAAGCUGUCUGUAGAAGCAGUAUUGGUGACCGGAAAGAUUUUGUUUCUAUCUUUGUACUUCAUUUAUUUAAAUUUCGAAUAUUGUGUAAUACUUUCAAUGGCUUUAGUUAAUUUUUAGUUUGCUUAAGGAUUUACAUGAACGAUUUUGUUGCUUGGACGUAAAUUUAUAUUCCAAGACCCCGAGUUUAGCACUAUCCUGCUUCAUAAAUUGCUGUGAUGAUUCAACUGCU